AUGUCGGGCACAGCAGCAGACAUCUCCCUGGUGCACUGGAGGCAGCAGUGGUUGGAGAACGGCACCCUCUAUUUCCACGUCUCCAUGAGCAGCUCCGGGCAGCUGGCCCGGGCCACCGCCCCCACACUCCAGGAGCCCUCAGAGAUUGUAGAGGAGCAGAUGCACAUUCUCCACAUUUCCGUGAUGGGUGGCCUCAUUGCUCUGCUGCUGCUGCUGCUGGUGUUCACAGUGGCGUUGUAUGCCCAGCGGCGCUGGCAGAAGCGUCGCCGCAUCCCCCAGAAGAGCGCCAGCACGGAAGCCACGCACGAGAUCCACUACAUCCCCUCAGUGCUGCUGGGCCCCCAGGCCCGCGAAAGCUUCCGCGCCUCCCGGCUGCAGGCCCACAACUCCGUCAUCGGCGUGCCCAUCCGGGAGACCCCCAUCCUGGAUGACUAUGACUAUGAAGAGGAGGAGGACCCUCCCCGGAGGGCCAAUCACGUCUCCCGCGAGGACGAGUUUGGCAGCCAGGUGACCCACACCCUGGACAGCCUGGGCCGGCCGGGGGAAGAGAAGGGGGACUUUGAAAAGAAAGGUCUCCUCAAUGCUGAUGCCUUUGCCUUAGAUCAGGGAGGACUGAUGUGGGAAACUGGGCAUAGCAAGGACCGAAAUUAG